UACUUAUUGUAAAUGGUGCUGGUAGAGGAUUCGCAGGUUGGGAUACGGGUGAAAUUAACAACAGAACACAUUCAGCAAGUUUACCUCAAAAGAUACCAUUACUUUAUGAUCCUAAAGCACCUCUUGGAUCUCGUUUCACUAGGAUGGCAGAAGCGAAAAUCAUCCGUGUUUAUCAUUCAACUGCAACUUUGAUCCCAGAUGGUACAGUUUUUGUCGCUGGUAGCAAUCCAAAUCCUGAGUAUUGUGGCAUUAAUACUUGUGAAUACCCUACAGAAUACCGUGUAGAAAUUUUUAAACCCGCAUAUCUUUUCAAAGGCAUUCCCCGGCCUGUUAUUAAGAGUAUUAAGGGUAUAGAAGCCUUCAACUCCUUAACAUCAAUACAAGUAAAAUAUGGAGAGGCAAUUACUAUAACCAUGGAUCUAAAUGACAGCGCUGCAAAUAUUACUGCUGCUUUAAUUCAUCCUGGUUUCGCUUCACAUUCACUGCACAUGUCUUCGCGAUAUGUAAGCUUACGAACUAACAAUCAAGUACCAAUCCCAUCAGGAUACUCU